AAAUAAUAAUUUCCGUUAGAUAACCUUUUAACUCAAAAUCGCAGAAAUUCUGAAUAGAAUAAAUGAUAAAAAAUAUUAAUAAGAUUCAUCAUUGUGAUUAUAAUAGAUAAAUAAUAGUAUAAAUUCAUUUUUAUAUAACAAGAUUAUCAUGAAUAUCGACUCGUCUAAUGUCUUGUUGAUUAAAUCUUCCCUUAUUUUGAGGUUAUGUAAACUGUUUGUAAAUAAAUGUUUUUGAUAAAACUGUAUACUCUAAAAUUGAAUAAUAUUGGAUUCCAUAAAAUUAUAUGUUUAUGCUUAGUCAAUUAGAUAAUCAAAAUGUCUUUCUUGAUAAUUAAUGGUAUAAUUUUAGCAUUCCUUUGGGAAUAUGUGUCUAUUUUUCUAAAACCGAUGAUUGCUGUCAUUUGUAGAAAAAACAGUCCACAUAAGCCAUUAAAACAAGACAUUUCAAAUCUACAGGAUGAACUUAGUAAAAUAUCUAUGAUUGAUGAGUUCGCAAAGUAUGCUAGACUCCAGAGAAAGUUGAAUGCUUUGAAAGAUAAAUUGGGAAGCGAAUCAACUCAACACCUCCAAGAAAUGGUCAAAUUAAAUUUACUGGUAACAGGCAUUACACAAGUUUUAUUAGGCCUGAUCACAAUUACUUUCCUAUGGAUGUACUGGUAUGAACCUGUCCUUGUCUUUCCCAAAGCUUGGGUAGCUCCAAUCUCAUCUUUCAUCUCUUUCCCCACCUCGAUUGACGGAGCAAUCGGGCUUCCGUUCUGGUUCAGUGUUUGCAAAGUGUUCGCCAAAUCAACGUCUACACUUAUAACGUUUAAGAAAUAAGUUGAUAAUAAAUUCAUACAAAUAAACAUGGUUCAAAUCACAAAA